CGUUUAGUUGGGUGUUCACAAGUUGUCGAGCCAUCGUCGUGCACGGGUAAAUACGCCUUCGUCGCGAUCUCUGCAUUCCGCAACAGAGAGACGGCACACGCGCACCGCCCGGUCCCGUCGCCGUCGUCGUCGUGAGUCAUUGUUGUGUUGACAGCCGUAGCGGGCGGUAGUCAGUCGAGCCUCCUCGUGCACGGUGGUGCUGUUGUUACCGCGGUAAACCGUAUCAAACGUCAGGUAUCGACGUGUCUUCUGCGCCGUUUCGCGAUCAACAGUGCCGUCCGCAGUUGUGCGCGAUAUACCAAGUGUCGCGAAACGUGCUCGUGAAGUGAAGAACAGAUAGAGAGAAAGAGAGAGAAACCCGGAGUCACCGUUGGUGGAUUUUUACGUACAGUCGCGCACGCGAUUAUAUAAUCGCCGCAGCGCGGAGCAAAGUGUUCGCAAGAGUUGACGUAGACAGAUAGAGAUAGAGAAAGAAAGAAGAGGAUAAGGAAGAGGAGAAACAAGAAAGAAGCUCUUCGAGCCCGGAGUCUGCUCGCUCCGGAGGCGAAAGGAGACGGUCUCGUUCACGAGGGGGAACCUCGUCUAUUCCAUCGAGCAACGAGUUUAUCAGCCCGGCGGUAUCCAUGGUGCGAAGCUUGACGAUGGAACCGACGUUCUACGAGGACGCGAGCGUUUACGGCGCGGUGAACGGUCGUGAGAACAGCAUGGGUCAGCUUAAGCGGAACCUCACGCUAGAUCUGAACGGUUGCCAGAGGCAGGGACCACAGGCGAAGAGGCCGCGAUUGGGCCCGUUGCCGCCUGCGCUCAACAACGUCACGCCGAUCCUGAGCUCGCCGGAUCUCAACAUGCUGAAGCUGGCCUCGCCGGAGCUGGAAAAGUUCAUCAUGACGCAGUCCGACAGCCUGGUCACCGGUCUGUCCACACCGACCACCCAGAUUCUCUUCCCCAAAACUGUUACCGAGGCUCAGGAACUGUACGCGCGCGGCUUCGUCGACGCGCUCAACGAGCUACAUCACUCCGACAGUUCACAGGAACCCGGCAGCGUGCAUGGCGCGACUUACACGACCCUGGAGCCGCCCGGUAGCGUCCAAAGUACAGAGUCCACCAUGAGCAAUCCGAACCUGGUGCAUGUGAAGGACGAGCCGCAGACGGUCCCAAGCGUGUCGAGCACACCGCCGAUGUCGCCGAUUGAUAUGGAGAACCAGGAGAAGAUCAAGCUGGAGAGGAAGCGACAGAGGAAUCGCGUGGCCGCUUCCAAGUGCCGGCGACGCAAGCUCGAGCGCAUCUCCAGGCUCGAGGACAAGGUCAAACUGCUCAAGGGCGAGAACACCGAGCUGAGUGGCAUCGUGCACAAGCUCAAAGAACACGUGUGCCGGCUGAAGGAACAGGUCAUGGACCACGUGAAUGCCGGCUGUCACAUCGUGGCCGGUCAAUUCUGAAGUUUCUCAACCCCUCUUUCGCCCGGGGAUGAAACUGCGAAUGUUAAAGCUCGCUCCUUUUGCGAUCGCCCUUUUUUCUCGCCGGAUUCGCCGCUGUGCUCUUCAUCAUCGUCGUCGUCGUCGUCUUGCCUUUCGUAGUUCCCACGAAGGAACGGAUAUUGAACUUUUCGCAACAGCUGUUAAUCGCCGUUCGAAUUUCGUCCUUCCGCGACUUGUAAUCUGAAAGGAUUUUUUCAUCACGUGGAUACGGGCCUAUGAUUCGCAUGUAUGAAGAUGUUCUCUCUCUUUACUUCAACAAAGUUUAGAAUAAAUAUCUUUCCUGUAAUAUGAGAAAGAAACCAAAUAGCUUUAUAAAAAGCAAAGUCCAUCUCUGACUGCUGAUAUUGCUAAUGGAAAAGUUCGGAGCAGAGAAAGCGCUAUCUUUAAAAAGAAAAAAGAGGACGGCGGAAAGAAGAACCUUCACAAAUGAAGGAGAAAAGAAGUCGGUCCAUGGUCCACCACGUUUACGGUUUUUCUGUCUUUAAUUCUUCUGUGACAUGACUGGGAGGAGACACGAGCAACAGCGAGCAGCAGGCGGAGCAGGAGAAGGAGAGAAGGAGGUGACGGUCAAAGUGGAGAAAGAGGAAGGAGUGCCUUCGUAUAGACGUGAAACGUAAAGAAUGCUUUUAGAAGAGUGGCGGGCGUGCGCGCGUGCGUGUUUUGCGCAUGCGAGAGACUUUAUACGCACGAACACGCUCGACAAAUGCGUGCGUGCGUGCGUGCAUGCAUGUAUGUAUGUAUGAGAGGAAGAAAGAGCGAGAGAGUCUGUAUGAGAGAACGAAAUAGAGUAUAUAUGUAGAUAUACGCGUGUGCGAGAAAGAGAAAGAGGGAGAUCACGCGUAGCGCGAGAGGGGAGAAUAUCGCGACAGCCAUUUUAGAGAACGCGAGAGAGCCGGCGGGAGAUACGAAUCUUUCUCUACCGGAUGGUGAAUCCAUCUUUUCACUCUUCCCGUUUGUCGCAUCGGAAAAGUUGUUCCCGUUUUCACGACUUUCGACGAUCCCUUUGUAUAUCUUAGAACGAAAUCGAUUUUCUCGUUCGAUUGCAUUGUGUAAAUAUCUAUCUGCCGCGAUGAUGAUUUUUGUAAAGCAACUCCCUUUUUUCUUAUUUCUUCAGGCACUUAACAGGCAGGGCCGAUUUUCUUCUCUUUGCAGAUCUCGCGAUCUUUGCAUUGUAAAUUUCAAAUAUACGAGGCGUUCGCUUUCCGAGUGACGUAAAUGCAAUUUUUUAAAUGUUUUUUCCCUCGAUACAGAGAGAAAUGCGAUCAUCGAAGUAAUUUUUUUUCGCACUGCGAGAGAUUUUCGAGAGUCAUGACACUUUGUAAAAGUAAACGUCUCGUUUGCAGGCUGCGAGAAUUGUACAUUUUUGUCGAAUAUAGGUAUCGACGAUCUCGCGAUCGCGGUUUUUUUUAUCGCUCUUUCGACUCGGACGAUUUAUAGCUCAUGGAUCAAUCAGAAAGAGAGAUUUUACCUUAUUCUUUUUGGCGCGAUUACGCUGAGAACCGUACGACGGACUACUUGUGAUAAGCGCAAUCAAACCGGGAGAUCACGUUUGCCUUGUACCGAAUGCACCUUCGCGAGCGUCGAGAGAGACUCGAGCAUUCCGCUAGUUUUGGAAACUUCUACACACUUUGGUGCAUACAAAUUGACAAAUUAAUUCUAAGGAGUACGGUGCUGUAUUAUAGCUGCGCAAAAAAAAAAAAA